CGUAGUCUCAGCGGAUCCGGGAUCUGGGCCAACCAAGCUUUUUUUUUUGGAAGGCAGAAAAAACACGUAGCCACCCCGGUGCGUGUGUAAACGGAGUUAAAUGGACUUUUGGGUGAAAGCAAAAUGAAUCUUAUCUAGAUUUGGCGUUGAGGACCGGUCGACAGUAGACGGUUAAACUUUGGAUGGAGUUUAUUUCCUCAGCCAGCGCAGUCCAAACAGCACAGAGGCACUGAGGGGGAUCGGAAUUUACCGGUGACAAGUCUGGGAGGGAAAAAAAAGGCAAAGAGGAACCACUCGUUACAUGGAGUUUUAAAAAUCCUGCUUCAUUUAAAUCACUAUACAACAAAGAUUCCUGAAGAGUGGAGUCGGAUGAAAAGUGCGUCCAGAAAGGGACAACUCCAACUUUUCCCAUUUCAGCCCUAACUUUGUGGAAACAGCUCCGACCAUGGCGAAAAAGUAUGAUUUCCUUUUCAAAUUGUUACUCAUCGGGGACAGCGGAGUGGGCAAAACAUGUCUGAUCAUUCGUUUUGCUGAGGACAAUUUCAACUCCACGUACAUUUCCACCAUCGGCAUCGACUUUAAAGUAAAAACCAUUGAAGUGGAUGGAAAGAAAGUGAAACUACAAGUCUGGGACACAGCAGGACAGGAGAGGUUCAAGACCAUUACGACAGCCUACUACAGAGGAGCCAUGGGCAUCAUCCUGGUGUACGACAUCACAGACGACAAGUCCUUCGAAAACAUCCAGAACUGGAUGAAGAGCAUUAAAGAAAACGCAUCAGCCGGGGUCAGUCGGAUGUUACUAGGUAAUAAGUGCGACAUUGAAGCAAAGCGGAAAGUAUCCAAGGAGACGGGAGAAAAGCUGGCAAAAGAUCAUGGGAUCAGGUUCUUUGAGACCAGUGCAAAGUCCAGCAUCAACGUGGAGGAGUCUUUUCUGUCUUUGGCAAGCGACAUACUACAGAAAUCCAGCAAGAAACCAGGCCCCACAGGUCGAGAGGUGAAAAUCACAAGCAGCACAGAGAAAAAAACCUCCAAAUGUGUUCUUCUCUAGAUAUGACCCAGGCCAACACACACAAGGAAGCGACAUACAAAUUUAAGAGCAUAUCAGUGUUAGUGGGGAGAAAUUCAGUACAGCAGGGUUUCUGUCUCCAUCUGGUGGGCUCACACAUGAAAUACACACAGGUGCCAAAAGUUUUUACACCGAAACUACUUUUAUACUUUUGUUACCCAAAAGCUGACUUUGCCAGAAAAAAAUGAGCUGAAAUUUUGUAGAAGUGAUUGUGCCUAUAUUUCCCAUUGAACACAUCUUCUGCCACAUCUCCUGUGAUAGUGUUAUUGUCAUUCAAGAAAAUGCUGCAAAGUGGCAGUCAGGGUGUGACUAUAGAGAGAUUACUGACACAGCAUUUCACCAACCACUUCCCACCAUGUUUAGUUGAGCUGUACAUUUCUGUUUCUGCCUUGUAUUUCCAAGCCAUUUCAGCAGAAUGUUGGUAUUGUACGUUUCUUCAGACCAUGGAUAUGUCACAUUUGUAUGUUGUUAUAUUGCAGAUUCGUUCCAGCAAGGCUGCGGGUCAUGUUUUGGCACAAAAACCACGUGGUUAUGGUUAGGAAACAAUCGUGUUUUGGCUUAAAAUACGCGGUUUUGGUGGCUGCAAAGCUGCUGGAAUCACAGUGAUGUUGAAAUGAAACUGUUUCUAGUGGCAUAAUCUCAGCCAGAAAGGCAGCCAUAUCUCAGUAAAAAAAAUAACCGCUUUUGGGGGCAAUAUUCCAACUGGAAACGCAGCGAUUACUUAGGAAAAAAACAUCUACUUUUUCGUAGCACUUUUCCAACAGGUACCGCAGGGAUCUCCAUAAAAAACAACCACUUCUUAUGGCACUGUCCCGACUUGAAAUGCAGUGAUAUCUCGAUAAAAUCCAAACGUUUUUCUUAUACUAUCCCGGCUUGAAACAUAGCGAUGUCUCAGUAAAAAAAAUAACUGCUUUUGAAGGCAAUAUUCUGACUGGAAACGCGGCGAUUUCUUAGGAAAAAACAACUGUUUUCCAUCUUCCAACAGGUGCCACAAGGAUCUCUCCAUAAAAAACAACCACUUCUUAUGACACUUUUCUUGGUACUAUCCCGGCUUGAAACAUAGCGAUGUCUCAAUGAAAUACAAAUACUUUUUGUGGCACUAUACCUGGUGGAGGAAUGAGGCUGUCUUGCUAAAAAUGACCCAUGAUUGGUGGCUAAAAAGCCACUGGAAUACGCAGCAAUGACUCGCUAAAAAACAACAGUUUUUAUUGUUUGUUGGUUUCAAACAGUGGUCUUCAGUGGUCUGCAGCUUGGCAGGCAUCUUGCAUAGGUGCCAUGCCAUCCACCAUCACCCCCACCUUUCGAUGACAAAGUCAGCUCAUAUACAACAUAACAUAGGAAAUGUACAAAUCUAAGGUAUCCAUGGUAUGCAGACAUGUACCAUGCCAACAUUUUCACCUGGCGACUGGGCUGUGUUUUUCUCUGGCUUAUCACCACAUUAUCAUUCCUAAAACAGCACUGCUUAAUGUAUAUAAAGGACUUUAACUGUGUGUUUUUGGGGUAGCUAUGUAAACAAAUGACAGCUUAAUACAACCAUUUCAUUCAUUUCUUAUAUGUGAGCACAUAGUGGCCUUUAAGAGCUCAGUGGCAGAGGAAAGGUUUUAAAGAGGAAGGAGGAAAGUGUUUUGAUUAGCACACAGUAGGCUUCUGGUCGGGCGUCUCAUAGAUUCUGUUAGAUGGUGUAAAUGCUGGACAGAAUUGAUAAAUCGAUUAAUAAGUCAUAAAACUUAUUAGGUUACCAAUGCACUUUCACUUUUGUCAUGUUGUUUUCUAUGAUAUUACAUCAACAGCACAGGCAAGUUGACAUCCCAAUCCCCUAUCCCCUAUCCCCUAUCCCCAAUCCCCGUUCCUUAUCCCCACAAAGACUGAACAUUAGGCUUUUAAAUGUUAUAUUUCAUUAUGAUUACAAUGUGUUUACCCUUCAAGAGCUAAUGAAAUGGUUCAGUAUUUUAAUGCAUUUAACAGAAUCAACAGGAGCAGAUGCCAUUUAAUAUUAAAAGAGCCUGAAACUAUAGGAGAGGAAAUUUUUCGGGUUACAUAAUAUGAGAAGCUGAAACCGUGCUCUUGACAUUUAUGAAUUAAACAUGUUGAUGUUUGGAGUUGAAUCUGAGACAAACACUGGUGGUAAACAAGCUUGGUUUUAACAGAUGGCUCGAGGAGAGUGGACGAUAGGAACAGAGAUAAGUGCAAUAUGAGAAGAUGAGUGGAGAGAUGAAAGAAUGAUGGAUAAAGCAAGUGAAUGGACAGGAUGUGGGGGAAGCAGCUGCGCUCACAUGUCCCUCAUUUUGAAUUGAUUUAGUGGGUCUUGCCUUUUAUGUGAAGUGCCUGGUUAAUCUCUUACUAAACACUACCACACAUUAGCUACAUCUGAAAAGACAGUCUCCCUGCUCAGGCAACUUCAGAUCAUUCACAAUGACUCUGAUUAUGGGUGCUCAUCUGAUCUGGACAGACAUACUGUAUUUUCUGUAUCUACUUUCUAUGCAUUACUUUCACAUUCAGUGUCUUUUAGACCUGCCACAAGACUUUGUAUGUAGUUUACAGACCUGCCGCUUGCUGAAUAAAAAUGCUAAAGAGUAAA